GUAGGACUCGGCUUUCAAAGGCGCCGGCGCGAUGCAUGGGCUGUUCAGCGUUGCCAGAAGCAGCGCGCUAUGGGGCAGGCGGUCCGAGCCGAGACGGCGGCCUUUGCCAGUCAAACCCUGCCCGCGAAUCAAUUCCCAGAAGUGGAUGGAUUCUUUGCGCACUUCAAUCAGCCGUGUCACCGCCGCCCCGUGCUGGCGAUCGUGGGCGGCACCGUGUUCGUGAAAAAAAACAUGUUGGCCGCAGACGUGUUCCGCCGCCUAGGUUUCAGGCUCGCGACUGCAGCGUCGGCGCCGCCGUCCCUGGCGAUCGUGGGCAGGGCCCAGCUGGGGCACCAUAG